AUGCAAACACCACUUUUGGAUAUAGCGAUAAGAUACGCAUACCGAUACAGCAGCAGGAUUUGUAUACUCUACCAUGUGAGAGUUUUCUGUACGUCGAGGGAGUUUUCGCUAAAACAGAUUAACACGCCGUCAACAUCGAAAGAUAAGGAUAGUUCGACAAUGACGCCAAUGAGAAGAGUUAAUAAUUGUGUAGCGUUUAUGUUCGAUGAGAUUCGAUAUGAACUCGAUGGCGUAGAGAUCGAUAGAAAUAGAAACGUAGGCAUAACGAGCACAAUGAAAAAUUAUGUAUCGCUAACAGACGAACGAAGCAGAAUAUUGAAAAACGCGGGAUGGGAUAUCGUGAUGCAACGGACUGCGGGGGAAUUCAGCUAUUGUGUACCCCUCAAUGUUCUUCUAGGAUUUUGCGAGGAUUACAAACGUCUGAUUAUUAUUAAUGCGCGUCACGAACUUAUUCUUAUACGCGCACGCAAUGACGCCAAUUGCAUAAUUGCAAAUAUUUCCACGGACGAACGGGUACUAACUCUAUUAAGAGUACAAUGGAAGAUGCCACACGUGAUGUUGAACGAUGUUAACAAAUUGGCGCUUUUACGAACAUUGGAGAGUGGUCAAUAUCUUAGCAUGGGCUUUCGAUCUUGGGACUUGUACGAGUUUCCGCUGUUACAGAGCACUACCAAACAUUUGUGGGCUGUAAAAACUGCUACACAAUUGAAAAAACCGCGAUAUAUAAUUUUUACGUUGCAAACAGGAAGACAAAAUAUUUUUGCGGAAGACGCUUCUAAAUUCGAUCAUUGUAAACUUACCAAUGUAAAAUUAUAUUUAAAUUCUGAAUUUUAUCCUUACAACGAUAUGAAUUUAGAUUACGAUAAUCAUAAGUACGCUAUAUUGUACGAUAUGUACACAAAAUUUAGAAAAGUUUAUUAUGGAUGUAAUCGCGAACCUCUUUUGUCUUUCGUAGAAUUUUUGCACAAUGGCCCUCUCGUGGUUAUUGAUUGUUCGAGGCAAAACGAAUCAGUAAAAAGCGCCACUGUAGAUGUUCGCAUUGAAUUUGAGUAUAAAGAAAAUAUUCCGGAAAAUAUUACGGCUUAUUGUCUUAUUAUUCAUGAUAGAGUGGUGCAAUAUAAUCCUCUAACGAAUGUAGUACGCAAAAUCGUGUAG